AUGAAAUUUGAACUCGCUCUGCUCUUCUCGGUGCUCCUCGCUUGGUCCGCGACCGCCAUCCCGGUCAACUCCAACCGAAUUGUGACCCCCAGGCAGUGCAGCGACGUUGAAUUGGACAUACCUGUCAAUGCGGAGGAGGGCGUGGACGGCGCCGUUCCUGGCGCUGGUGUGCCCAUGAGGCGUUGCACAGGAGCUAACUUUUAA